AUGGAAAAUCGAAAGUACAUUGACAAUGAACUGACGGGGGACUGGAUAUGCUCGGACGACAAGUGCGGGAUUGUGAACUCGGCUCAAAGAACACACUGUAACCGAUGCAACAGAGUCAGGCCAAAGAGCACAAUGAGAAAAAAUCCGAAGCAGGUGCUUUUCAAAGCGAACGACUGGAAGUGUGAAGACUGCGGUAACAUCAAUUGGGCCAAGAGAGAUAAAUGUAACAUUUGUAGUAAGGUAAAGUUCCCAAAAAAGGGAAGCGACCCUAAGUCGAAUAAAGAGGUACGGACUGGCAAAGGUGGAGGCCACUACGACAUUCAGGGAAGUAAUGAAAAGAGAGUCCAUGACUCGGAUGACGAGGAGUAUGAUGAGUUCGGUCGGAAGAAGAAGAGGAAGAUAGUAGAUAAGGAUGUCAAGAAGGAUAAGGAUAGGGACGAUAAUGACACGAGCAGGGACGCAAGUGGCUACACAAACAACAAAGAGUCCUCCUACAAAAAGGACACGUACAGAAACAAACAGUUUAAUGACUCCCCGUCGAGGAAUUCCACGUCAAAUAAUUACCAAAAAGGUGGCGGCGGAGGCGGCUAUUACAAGAAUUACUACGACCGGAGGAAGGAGGACGGGGAUUACAGCGCCCGUCGGUAUGAUGGAAGCAACAAGCAUGACGACCGAAAUAGGUAUGAUGACCGAGGCAGACAUGAUGAGCGGAAAUCGAACUAUGACAGUGGUAGGCGGCACCACGAUAGGGCGGAGAAUGACAGGCUAGCCGAUUACGACCGAAGGAGGUAUAGACGGGAUUAA